AUGAGUUGGUUUGGAUGGGUCGAAGAAGCCCCUGCCCCGGCGCCUGAACCCGAACCUGAGAUUGAAAAGAGAGAUGAGGGUUCUUGGUUUGAUUGGAUGGGCGGUGGUGACGAAGACGCUGCCAAGAAACAAAAAGAGACGGACUAUGAAAUUCGUCGUUUGAUUCAAAAUGAAGACCAGGAAGAUGCCUCCACUCGAGAGGGCACCGAAUCCCUCCUAAAUGCCAUGUACAAACCAGAAGAUGUAGCCCGUGUGCGAGCCGAAAUCAAGGCGGAAAAGAAAUCUUCACUGGGGGAAAUAGAAGAAUCGUCGGGUGAAAACGAUGAUGAAAUCAAACGAUUACUCAACAAUGGUACGGCCAUACGCGUAGUGGAACAAAUGUAUGACAAGGCCGAUGUCCAACGGAUCCAUCGAAUGCUCAAUCCAGAGGCAGCCAAAGAAGAGCCCAAAAAGGAAGAACCCAAAAAGGAAGAACCAGCUGAGCCUGUCACGACAACAGCACCAGCUGCCAAAACACCAGUACAUCAACAACAUGCUCAAGACGACGUGAAUGCGGGAUUGCCUCCCGAGAUUGCCAAGGGAAAUGCCGACUCGGUCGAUCAUGAUACUCUCUAUGGACCCCGCGAUUCUCCUGUUCCAACCGACGAGAAGAAAAAGGAUAGAAAAAAGUUCGUCCCCAAAGCAGAACGCCUCAAAACCCUCGAGGCCAGUUGCGAAGAACAGGACAUUCAGCUCCAGCGCACACUGGGGGAAAUGGAAGUCAUGAAUUGCGAAAAGCGAGCCCUCGAACGACAAUUGAGAUUAGUGGAUGACGAGUUGAGGGACAUUUACAAUCAGCUGGAAGAGCACGACAAGUACCAACCCUCCAAACCGUUUUAUGCCAGCAGUGCCGCGGAUCAGGCCAAGGACAACUUGAUUCAAGAUUUGGAACGGAGACUGCGCAAGGCGUUGAACGGAGACACUGACGACACGGAUGCUGUUGUUGUGGAUGUUUCAGUUUCCAAACAAGUGCACGAUGCUUCCCAAACCAGAGUUGCCGAGUUGGAAAAGGAACUCCAAAAGACCAAAACCGCCCUCGACAAGGAAAAGCAACAACUCCAACAGACCAAAUCAGCACGCGACAAGGAACAGCAAGAACUGCAACAAGCCAAACAGACGCUUGAGAAGGAACAGCAAGAACUUCAAAAGACAAAGAAGGCAUUGGAUAGAGAACAGCAGGAACGGGAUGGACUGCUGGAGAAAAUCAAUCAACUCAAAGUCAAAGAAUCCAACUACAAGAGUCAGCUUAAGGAGCAAAGACGACAACGAGACAGUAUCAUGGUCGAAACGGGACCCGAACUGGAACGCUUGCAGGCAUUCGAAAAGGAAGCUACAGAAUCACGGGAUGCUCUGGAAACCAAACUGAAGACGGUACAAGCCGACGCGGAUGAACUACGACAAUCUGUCUCCAGUUUGCAAGAGGAGAACAAAUCUUUAAAGAUGGAUAAUGCUACCCUCAAGCAAGCCAAAAUUGAACUCGAGAGCAAAAACUCCACCUUGGAAUCCACUGUGGCUUCCACGGAGGCCGAACUGAGAAAGGUCAAGGAAGAGUUGGCGGAGUUGUUUUCCAAUCGCCACCAGCAAGUGGAAACGUCGCAGACGGCACUGCAGGAUAUGAACGAGAAAAUGUACAAGCUUGAAGCUGAGCAUUCCGGACUGCAAACUGCCGUUAUGAUGAAGGAAGAACAGUUGAUGGAAACCCAGCAAAAGUUGUCGCGAUUCGAGGCAAAUCAAACCAAUCUGCAAUCCUCCAAUAUCGCCCUACUAGAACAAGUGUCGGAAGCGCAGGAUAAGCUGUCGGCUUUGGAAGCCCAACACGCCGAACUGCAAAAGACCAAAGCAACACUGGAAGAAACCAACACCAGUUUUGAUGCCGUCAUUGCCGAACUUCAAACGACCAAGGCACAAUCUGAUGAAGAUCUGGAAAAGGCCAAUCAACAGAUUUCCGAACUGUCAGAUAAAGCAGCCGGGCUUCAAGCCUCCAAAGAGCACUCCGAUGACUGCCUUGAAAAGGCAAACGAGCGUGUAACAUCGCUGGAAGCCGAGCUUCAAACUACCAAAGAUCAAGCAGACGAAAGUCUUAAAGAAGCCAAGGAACAAAUCGCGGCUCUCGAAUCUCAAGCUUCCGAGCUUCAAUCCACCCAAGAUGCAGCGACGGAAGCCACUGAAACUGUGAAGUUCCUCGAAGUUCAAUUGUCAGACCUCCAAAACUCCAAAACUUUCAAAGAAGAACGGCUGCAAGAAGCCGAAACCAAGGCAGCCAGUCUCGAAUCUGAACUCUCCGAACUUCAAUCUUCCCUAUCGAACGCAACUGACAAAAUAUCUUCCCUGGAAUCCGAAAUAUCCGACCUUCAAACUUCCAAAGCAACACUUGAAGAACAACUCCAGGAAGCAACCGGCAAACUCUCCAGCCUUGAAGAACAAGGCUCUGCGGACCUUCAGACGGCCAAAGACAGCAUUUCCUCUUUGGAAUCCCAAAUCUCCGACCUCCAAGCUUCCAAAGCAGCAAUCGAGGAACAGCUCCAAGAAGCAACGGCCAAACUUUCCUUUCUGGAGGAGCAAGGCUCCGCAGACCUUCAGGCGACUGAGGCGGCUCUUUCUGAUGCCAAGGAGAACAUAACGUUCCUGGAAACCCAGCUGACCGAACUUCAAACGACCAAAGUAUCCACAGAGGAACGGCUCCAAGAAGCAACAUCCAAGCUAUCCAGCCUGGAAGCUGAGAGCGCCGCCAAUCUUAGCGCGUCUGAAAACGCCAAGAAGGAUGCAAGCGAGAAAGUUGCCAGCCUGGAGGCAGCAAUAUCAGUACUUGAAUCAUCCAAGCAGGCGUUGGAACAGCAGCUUCAAGAGGCAUCCGACAAGAUAUCCACCCUGGAAACCGAGUCUUCUACUGGCCUAUUGGCUGUCCAAAAGUCCUUCGACGAAGCCAACGAACAAGUAUCAUCCCUUGAAGCCAAACUGGCAGAGGCGCAGGAAACCCAUUCAACUCACCUGGAGGAAGUUAAGGCCAAGAUAGCCGAACUGGAAACUGAACGAGACAAUCUGCAAGCAGGUAACGACGCAGUUGAGGAGCAACUUCGGGACGCUCAAGAGAAGCAGGCAACAGUUCAACAGGAGCUCAAAGAUGCAGAGGAGAAACUGUUGGGCCUUGAAGCAGCAGAGCAAGAAUUGAGGGAGACAAAGGAUAAAAUAUCAGCUCUGGAAGCCGCCGAGGAAGCGUCACGCGAAGCAAGUGAGAAGCUAGCAGCGUUGGAUACAGCUCAUUCCGAACUCCAGGAAUCGAAAGCGAGAGUGGAAGACGAGCUCAAGGAUGCGUCUGAAAGAGUCGUUGCGCUGGAAAGCGAGCUCCAGGCUGCCAAGGAUGCUCGCAAGGAAGUCGAAGAUGAAAAGGAGGAUUUGGAGAUCAUUUUAGAAGAAGCCGACACCGCAGCGAAGAGAUUGCGUCAAGACAUCACAACUGUGGAAGAAGAGGUCGUGAACCUCAAAGAAGAAAAGGCUUCACUUGAAACGGAACUUACUGGACUGAAGGAAACAGUUGCCAGCAGUGACGAGCAAGUCCAAGAAAAGAUAGCUUCGUUGGAAGCAGACGCGCAAGCCAUGCAGAAAGAGCGCGACGAUGCCAUUGCAUCUUUGGGUACCCAGGAAGCCACCAUUGAAGACAAACAAGCCACAAUUAUAUCUCUGGAAGAAUCUGUGUCACAGAAAGAAAAAGAUCUGCUAGAAAAGGUCGAAACAGCGAGAAACUUGGAACAAGAGCUUACGACACUGCUUGCCUGUCACGAAGACGCGCAGCGUGAGCUGAAAGUGUCUGCAGAGAUGAUAACGACCUUGGAAGCUACCUUAGCAAGCACCGAAGAGGAGAAGAGGUUGGUUAUGGAGUCGAAGGAAAGCCUUGAGGAAGCAUUGAAAGAAAAGGACUCGUCCGCCGAACUUCUUCAGGGAACACUGUCUGAGCUCGAAAAAGCUCGGGAAUCCCUGGCGGAGAAACUUGCUGGUACCGAAACGGAGAUGUCUAGUCUGCAGCAACGUGGUGCUGACAUGGAAGCCGAGCUGAACAAGGCAAAUGGCGACAUAUCAGAACUCAAGGGAAACCUGGAAGCCGCAGAGAACAGGGCCACGGAGGCAAACAACGCAAAUGCAGCUCUUGAAAAAAUUCUUGGGGAGUUGGAAGAGGCAAAACAGAUGCAACAAAAUGAAAUUGAAACCAUUGGAGCCGAGCUAGAGGAGUUCAAGUCUUUCUCAGAAUCUCAAUAUGCUCAAGUGAGGGAAACUGGUGACAAGCUGAAUGAUGCCAAGAUGCAAGUCGAAAAGCUUCAAGAGGAUAUUGUUGAGGCAGACAAGGAGAAGGACAAUCUGAACACCUUGCUAAGGGAGAAAGAGGCAGCCAGUACAGAUCUCCAGGCAAAGAUCAGUGAACUUGAAGGAACACUGAAGGGUGUGGAGCAGGACAAGAAGUUGCUGGAGGAUUCCAUUGUCCAGCUGCAGGCAGCUGAGAGCCAAAGCAAGGAGAGAUCCAUUAUGGCAGACGAGAAACUUUCCUCCCUUGACAGUGAGCUUAUCAAAGCCAGGGCUGAGGUUGCUGAGGCCCAAGAAACCACAGAGACCCUCCAAUCUAGCCUAAAAGAAUCCGGUGAAAGAGAAGACACAUUGAAAGAACAGAUUGCCAGCCUCAGUGAAAUGUUGGAUCUAGCCAAAAGCUCGCAUCAGGAGGAGUUGUCACAGUUGCAUCAUGCUUUGAACGAGAAAGCGAACCAGGUAGCUGAGAGUGAUACCAAGCUGGCAUCUCUAGAAGCAGAGUUGUUGGAUACUCACAGCAAAGUCCAAGAAGCCGUUGAAUCCAAGGCAAUGCUAGAAGUCAGACUGGGUGAAUCUGGAUCAGCAGUGGAAGCCAUGCAGCUUCAGGUCUCCGCUCUGAAAGAGGCCCAAGAAGCUAUGGAACUGACCAAGAGUUCUUUUGAAGAAGAAACAGAACAGCUGAAGACUACUCUCAAUGAGAAAAUUAGCACAUUGGCUGAGGCUGAAUCCAAGGUAGCCACAUUGGAAGCUGAAUUGAUGGAGGCAACAAGUGAAACCAAACAGUUCAUCGAGUCAAAGUCGGCACUGGAAGCUAGCCUUGCUGAUUCACUUUCUGUUGCUGAAGCUUUGCAGUUGGAGUUAUCGGCAUUGAAGGCAGCCCAACAAGCAGCAGAAGGAGCCAGAACUAGCCUUGUGGAACAGAUGUCACAGUUGAAACAGUCUGUGGAAGAGAAAAACAGAUCAUUGUCUGACAAUGAAGCCAGGGUAGCCUCUUUAGAGUCUGAGCUACUUGAGGCUCAAAAGGAAGUCAAAGCACUGGUGGAUUCCAAGAAUGCUCUAGAAAGUGCAAUUGGUGAAUUGGAGGGGGAAAUGCAGGUCCAGCAAAGCGAGAAUGAAUCCCUCAGAGUUGAGCUAGAUGAGUUCAAGUCCAUCACAGAAGGUCAAUAUGCUCAAAUAAAUGAAGUUAAUGGCAAGCUGAGUGAUGCCCUGAAUCAAGUGGGAAAGAUGCAGGAGGAUAUUGAUCAGGCUGUGAAGGAGAAGGAGAAUCGCAAUGCAGAGCUGGAAGAAAAGGAGGCAGUCUUCACGGACUUAAAGGCAAAGAUCACUGACCUUGAAAGGAGUCUGGAUGGUGCGGAGCAGGACAAGAAGUUGCUGGAGGAUUCCAUUGCCCAGCUGCAGGAAGCUGAGAGCCACAACAAAAGGAGAUCAAUUGUGGCUGAUGAGAAACUUUCAUCACUGGAUAGUGAACUUAUUCAAGCCAGGGCCGAAGCAACUGAGGCCCAAGAAACUGUGGAGACACUGCAGGCCAGUCUGAAAGAAUCAAGUGCAGUAUCAGAAUCAUUGAGAGGAGAGAUCACAAGCCUUAGUGAAGCAUUGAACAUGGCACAGGCUUCCCACCAAAAGGUGUCACAGUUGCUGGACGAGAAAGAAAAUCAAGUAGCGGAGAGCGCCACAAAGUUGGCAUCUCUAGAAGAAGAGAUGUCAAAUGCCCACAUCAAAGUUCAAGAAGCUAUUGAGUCUAAGGCAACCCUUGAAGCCAAGCUGGGUGAAUAUAAAUCAGCAGCAGACGCCAUGGAGCUUGAGGUGUCCGCACUGAAAGAAUCGCAGCACGAGUUGGAAGAUGGCAAGAGUAGACUUGAAGAGGAGAUAAAACAGCUGAAUGCAACUCUGGAUGAGAAAAUGAGUGCAUUGGCUGAGAGUGAAUCCAACGUGGCCACACUAGAAGCUGAACUGCUUGAAGCAGAUGGUCAAAUCCAACAAUCCAUUGAGUCCAAGGCAGCACUGGAAGCAAACCUUGCAGAUUCACGUUCUGCUGCUGAAGCUUUAGUGCAGGAAGUGUCUGCAUUGAAGGAAGCUCAGCGAGCGACAGAAGAGGCCAGAACUAGCCUUGUGGAAGAGCUGUCACAAUUGAAACAGUCUCUGGAAGCUAAAGCAGGAUCAUUGUCUGACGUUGUGGCCUCUUUAGAAUCUCAGCUACUUGAGGCCCAAAAUGAAGUCAAAACACUCCUGGCUUCCAAGAACUCUAUGGAAGGCAUCAUACAGGACUUGCAGGAGGCAGACCAGGUCCAACAAAGGGAGAAUGAAUCCCUCAGAGCCGAGCUAGAUGAGUUCAAGUCCACCUCGGAAGCUCAACAUGCUCAACUAAAAGAAGCUAAUGGCAAGCUGAAUGAUACUGUCAAGGAAGUUGAAAAGCUUAAAGAGGAAAUUGAUCAGGCAGUGAAGGUGAAGGACAACCUCAACACACUGCUUGAAGAAAAAGAGGUAGUCAGCAGGAGUCUUCAGGUGAAAAUCAGUGAGCUUGAGGAAAAACUGGAGGGUGUGGAACAGGAAAAGAAGGGACUGGAGGAUUCCAUCUCCCGGCUGCAGGAAGUUGAGAGCCACAGCAAAGAGAGAUCAUUUUUUGCUGAUGAGAAACUGUCUUCCGUUGACAGUGAUCUUGGACGAGAUAUAGCUGAGGCAACUGAGGCCCAAGAAACCAUAGGGACACUUCAGGCCAGUCUGCAAGAUUCAAGUGCGGUAUCGGAAUCAUUGAGAGGUGAGAUUGCCAGCCUCAGCAAAGCAUUAGACAUGGCACAGGUUUCACAUCAGGAGGAGGUGUUGCUGUUGAAACAUGCCUUGGAUUUGAAAGAGCAUCAAGUGGCUGACAGUGCCACCAAACUGGCAUCUCUAGAAGCAGAGCUGUCAAUAAAACUGGUAGUGCCAGAAGGUAUGCAGCUUGAGGUGUCCGCACUGAAAGAGGCCCACAAGGCAUUGGGACAGGCCAAGGCUGGUCUUGAAGCUAUGCAGGUGAAGGUCUUUGCUCUCAAACAGGCUCAUGAAGCAUUGGGACAGGCCAAGAGUAGUCUUGAAGAGGAGAUGGCACAACUGAGAUGUAUUGUUGGUGAGAAGGACAACAAGCUCUUUGAAAGUAAAAAUAUGAUGCGUGAAAUGAUGCAAUCGAAGCUAGCAAUGGAAGCCAGCUUGACUGAAUCAAAUGCAGCAGCAGAAGCGGUGAAGCUUGAACUUGUUUCGCUGAAGGAAUCGGAGCAGGCAGUGGAACAGUCCCAGAUAGGCUUUGUGGAGGAACUGGGACGGCUGAAGAAUUCUUUGCAAGAAAAAGAGAAACAAUUGACCACAAGCAAUGAUAAAGUGGCCUCUCUGGAAAUUGAGCUGUCAGACGCUCAUAACAAGACUCAAGAGGUCAUUCAAUCUAUUGGGGCACUUGAUGCCAGCCUUAAUGACUCCAAUUCUGCAAUGGAAACCUUGCAACUGGAAGUCUCCACCCUGAAGGAAUCCCAAGUUUCAUUGGAAGAGGCCAAAAGAAGUCUUGAGGAGGAACUGGCUCUCUUGAAGAACUUUCUAGAUGAAAAAGAGAAGCAGUUGGGUGAUAGAGAGGUCAAGAUAGGCUCUCUUGAAGCUGAGCUGUCCAAUGCACACGAAAAGACCCAGGAAGCCCUCAAUUCCAAGAGUGUUUUGGAAGCCACUUUGAGUGAAUCAGGAUCUUCUGCUGAAGCUGUACAAGUGGAGCUAGCUAGCCUGAGAGAAGCCAAUCAACUAUUGGGGGAUCAGCUAUUAGAGUCAAAGAAUGUUGUUAGCAAAACCAAAGAAGCCAACAGUGCCCUGGAGGAGCAAGCAUCCAUGCUAAAGAGCACUUUGGAAAGCAUGUCUGCACAGCUGGAUGAUGCCAGUGCCAAGGUGGUUGCCCUUGAGGCUGAGUUAUCCAUGUCAAAGGAAGAUGUGAGUGCAACUUCAGAGGUGCAAAAAGCAUUGCGAGCAAGCAUGCUCGAAUCAGAAUCAGUUGCCAGAACUCUACAGCUUGAGCUUUCCAGCCUCAAGGAAGUCAAGGAAGCAACAGAUGAAGCCAAGGCAGAGUUCGAAGAAGAACUCUCAUCAAUGAAACUGGUUCUAGAGAAAAAGGAUGGGCAGCUUGCUGACAGUGGCACUAGAAUAUGUGAGCUUGAAAGAAAACUGUCUGAAGCCUUGACAGAAGCCAAAGCUAGCUCAGAGGCAAAGAAAGACCUGGACGCUAAGUUGACUGAAGCUGCAAAGUCAGCGCAGUUGUGGCAAGCAGAAAUCUUCCAACUGAAGAACGAUUACGCAGCAGGCCAAGAGCAGCUAGCAGGAAUUGUUACCAAGGUUGCAUCACUUGAGGAGGCUCUGUCAGAAAGCAAGAAUGCUGCAGAGCAAGACAAGCAAAGGCUUCAACAAAGUUUGGAGAACUCAGGAAGAGCAACUGAAUCACUGCAAGUGGAGCUGACCAACCUCAAGGCUGCCAAUCAAGCUGCACAGGACGCCAAUAUUGUUUUGGAGCAGACUGUAGCUCAGCUUAAGGUGUACCUUGAUGUGAAGGAGCAAGAGUUUGGAAGUGCCAAUGUCAAGCUUUCGACUCUUGAGAAUGAGCUGAGGAGCUGUCAGAAGAGCCGGGAUGAAGCCCUUGAUGCGAAAAAGGAGCUGGAGGGUGAAAUAACCCAGCUCAACGAAAUCAACGAGGAUCUGAAGCGAGACAAGAAAAUUCUUGAUGAAGAACUAGCAGCAUUGAAGGCUUCCCUUGACAGCAUGGACAUGGAGUUGGAUGGGGCCAACGCGAAGUUUUCUGGUUUGGUGGAAGAACUGUGCAAUGCACAAGAAGCCCUGCAAGAGGCCUUGAAUGGGAAAAGCAGCCUUGAAGAGAAUCUCAAGGAAUCAUCAGCUAGGACUGAGGACCUUCAGAAUGAAUUGUCUGUGCUCCAGAAAGCAAAUCAUUCACUCGAAGAUGAAAAGGAUGGUCUCGCACGGGAUGUGUCCAUGACGAAACGAUUGAUCAAUGAAUUUGAGACAAACAUGAUCGAAGCAAACGCCAACGUGUCUAGUCUCGAGGACAGAUUGAAGCAGGCCCAAGUAGAAUCUUUUCAAGUCAAAGAGAAGUUAGAAGCGAUCCUUGAAGGUUCGCGCUCUGAAACAGGCCAGCUGCAAUCAGAGCUUGCUGCCUUGAAAAAGGAUUACGAAUUGCUGUCGGAGAAGAACAAGUCUUUAGAUCACGAGGUGGAGGGGCUGCGAUUUUCUCUCAAAGGCAAGCACGAGGAGCUUGCCAAAACAGAAGAAAAGAUCGCUGCACUUGAACAAGCAAGAUCUGAUGCAGUUUCAUCUAGAGAUAUUUUCGAGACAAACCUUAGAGACACUGGUUCGAAGAAGGAGUCGCUUCAGCGUCGUGUCUCCGUGUUGGAAGAUACGAAUGCUGAAUUAGAACGACUGCGAACCGAUUUCGAGCGUGGGCUGAAGGAGUCCAAUGGUAGGAACUCUAUCCUGGAAGACCAAAAUGCUGAGUUGGAACAUCUGAAGACUGAGUUCGAGAAAAAAUACAAAGAAUCCGAAGGGCGUCUUUCGGUGCUCCUAACAACAAAAGAUGAGCUGGAGCAGAUUCGACGUAGUUUGGAGAAAGAGGUUCAAGAGUCGGAAGCUCGCAAUGAUGACUUGAAAACCGCCGUUCAAGAGCUGGAGCAUGUGCAAUCAGGGUUGCAGCAAGCAUUGAAAGAGGAAGGGCGGAAAUCUGUGGAUCUGCAGACAGCCAGCACGGAGACACUUCGAGCGCUGGAGACGGAGCUUGGGAUGGCUCAGGAGAAGCUUGGAGAUGUUUUGAAAGCGAAGGAAGAGCUUUCAAAUCAGUUGCAACAGCGGGAAUCUGAAAUUCAGAAUCUGAAGGAAGAGAAACGUUUCUUGUUGGGAGAGAAGACCGCAGCCACGAGCAAGACUGCACAAGUAUACGCUGCUGUCGAAGCGACAACAAGACAGCUAAAGGAAUCAACUGCAACAAUUCACUCUCUCGAGGACAAUCUGCAACAGGCGAUCAAUUCCCGGCAUGCAGCACUCGAGAGUAGAAAUUCGAUCCAAGCGUCCUUGGAAGAAAAGGAGUCAACGCUUGCAGCACUGAAGCAAACGAAUCGAGAUCUGGUCGAUGAGAAAGGGACGCUACAAGAAGAAGCUGCACAGAGAACUCGUGCCUUGAGGGAGCUUGAAGAGAACCUUGUGCUCGCGAAAAAAGAGGCUGCAGAAAUGAAGGACAGCCUCUCGAACGACAAUGAAAUCCUUCGGAUUUCUCUUGCAGAAGCAAAGCAGUUGUUGAAAGAUGCAAAUGAAAAGAUAGCUGCAACACAAGGCGAUGCCGAACAGAAAACUCACAGCUUGAGGGGGCUGGAAGAGAACCUUGCGCUUGCGAAAAAAGAGGCUGCAGAGAUGAAGGAUAACCUCUCGAAUGAGAAUGCAAUCAUACGGACUGCUCUUAUUGAAUCAAAGCAGAUGUUAAAAGAUGCCGAUGAAAAGAUAUCGAACCUCUUAAAGGAGCUGGAAUCUACGAGGGAAUCCUUAAGCUAUGCAGAAGCGGAGAGCUCCAAAAGCCGAAAAAGCAUUCAGAAGCUCGAGUCUGCUGUCAAAGAAGCAAAGGAACAAAACAAGGAUUUGAAGGGAAAGAUUUCGAGGGCGGCGCCACUGAUAAAGGAGGCGCACGACAAAAUUGGUCUCCUUGAAAAAGAAAAGAGCUCUGCGUUGGCGGCUUUGGAUACUUCCAAGGCUACUGUGGAGAGGCGUAGUAUUCGAGUCAGGCAACUAGAAGCAGACCUAAGGGCGGCGCGCGAUGAAAAAGAAGUCAUCGUAAGCCAGAGCAUUGGCAGAGAAAGCCAGAAAGCAAACGAGCUGAAGGUGGUACUCUUGCAGCGGGAUGAGUUGGAAGUCGUGGCCAAGAAGCAGAAGGACGACCUUGGGGCAUCACGUGCAAGAGCUGACAGCCUUCGAAAGUCUGUCGUCAUGCUCGAAGCGAACUCUGCGCAAGUUAUACAAGAAAAUGAGGCCCUGUUGGAGAAAGUGGAGGAUUUCGAAUCUGUUAUCAGGACGAAGGAAGCUCAACUGUUGGAUGCCAUGGAGAGAAUGAGCUCUAUCCAGUCGAAGAAAGUUCGCUUAUCAUCUGAUUUGGAAACUUUGGAAAAGAGAUACAAGGAGGCCCUCCUGGAAAGGGACAAUUUGCGGCAAGUUCUUAACGAUUCCAAUGGGACAAUCGAGAGCCUCACAGAGGAAUUACAGAAGGCCCAGAAGGGAUCCAAACAAAUGGGAAUGCUAGUCGAAAGAAUCAAAGAGUUGGAAGCUGCGGCAGCUGAGAACGGCGUAGUGUUGAAGAGUGCGAACAAGAGACUGCUAGCAGCCGAAGAAAAGAAUCGGGCGUUGAUGCACAACAUGGAUGCACGGAAUAAGGAACUGAAACUUGCUGUGGCUGAGACAGAGACGUUGAAGACUUCCUUGGAGCAAGCUGACGUUGACCGCCAACGGGAAACCGAAAGGCGAGAAACGCUCAAAGCGGAGAGGGCUGCCCUUGUGAGACAGAUAUCGACUUUAGAGAAGAACCUCGGGAAUGGGGCCCAGGAGCGAGGUGUCGCCGAAAUGGAUGAUACGCCUUACGACGAGAGUUCGGAGAGAGAGUUGCUCGCACACGUGUAUGCACGGCUGAACAUGACUUCGCCUGACGGAACAGUCCGCUCCAGUUACAAAAACGCUGACAGCAGCAGCAACAACAACAAUAACAACACCUCCAGAGAGAUUCGCCAGGCGUCCAACCAAAGCGAAUCCGAUGACAAAGACGCGUUGCUGGAAGAAAAUGAGGCAUUACAAGACGCUGUGUUUGAUCUUGAGAGGCAGCUGAGCGAGUUAGAGGACCAGCUCGACUUGUUGAACCGCCGUUUCCCGUCCGUCCAUGGUCGCAAAGACGACAGUGUUGGUGAAGAAAAGAACGAGAAACGGCUGCUGAUGAAGCUUGCCAAGUUUGCCAGCGCAGCAGAGGCGGACAAAUCAACCUUGAAGGAGACCGGCGAACGCCUAGAGGCCCUUGCGUUGGAGAAGGUAGCUCUGGAGCGGAACCUAGCGAGUGCUGCCGAAUCACUCCAAAUCGCCCUCUCAAGAGAAAGCGCGCUGGAGCUGACGCUGGACGAGGCUAACGAGAAGAUUGCCGCCCUCACGAGUAGCCAGGAUCCAGAAGAAGGGCCUGACUUUGAGCUCGAGCAAAAGGUUCUGGGGGCCCGUAUUGCCGAACUCAGGUCGGACCUCGAGAGAACGCGUCAUGAGCCAGAGGAUGCACUCGCCAGUGAAGACUCCUUAGCAAUGGAACUGCAAACCGCCACGCAACGUCUACAUGAGCUGGAUGUUUUGAUCCAGCAAGAGAGGGGCACUCAUGUCGUGGGAUCGCCGGUAGUGGUGGAGCAACAGUUCCGCGAACAAAUUCAAGAACUAGAGAGGAUCGUGCACGAAAAAGAGCAGCGAAUCCGUGACUUGAACAGGUCGUUGGACGCGGCCGUGUCCGAAAAUUACACCUUGGAAGCCACUGCGGAUGAGUUGCAACAAUCCUUGCGUAGCAUGACACAUCAUCAACCCGAACCAAGCCCCUACCCAACGGGCCUCGGCGUCGGGAACAAUCGUGAGAGUAAUUCUACGGCGGCAAUGAAAUCUCGCAUUGAAGAGUUGGAGGAUUCGUUGCAGGAGAGCAAACGGGAAAUGUCUGGUAUUCAGAAGAGACUCGACACGGUGUUGUCAGAGAAGUUUUCAAUGGAACGACAAGUCGACCUUUUGAUGGAAGAGCAGAAGAAGUCGAUCGAGGCAACAAGUAGUCUGGAAGCAUCGUUGCGAACAUCGGGACCUCACAGCAUCACGAAUGUAUACAGCAACAUUUGUGGCGAUUUGGAGGUUGUUCUACAACAAAGCGAAUCGGAAAGCGACGACGACUCUAGCAAGGACAGCGCCAACUUAGCGGUAGGAGCUCUGUUGAGCCGUCUUGCAUCGUUAGCCAGCGCCAUUUCCACCGUGCAAACCUCUGACAAGGAGCUUUUGACGGAAACCCAGAAAGAACUCGAUGCGUUGAAGCAAGAAAGGGAGCACUAUCGAACGAGUAUGGAGCAAAGUGCGGUUGUAUCGGUGAAUCUCAUGGAAGACGCCGGUGAGAAGCUUCUCGGAAUGGAGACCAAGUUGAAACAAGCCGAAGAGGAACGGGAUGAAAUAUACGAACGAGCCACGACGUUGCAAGAGGUUGUGAUGCAGCUCGAAGAAGACAAGGAAAAUGAAAUCCAUCUUUUGAAUAUCAUUAUGGACCAGCUGCAGGGGUUGGAUAUUGAAAUGGAUGCACCAGAAGAUCUGAGUGAACGAGCGGGAAUACGGCCACCGUCUCGGAACACAAACCCAAUUUUUUACUAG